GCGUGACGGAGGACUGGGUAAGUGGGCCAUCGGCCAUCGCUUUGCGCUGAGAGGACCAUGUCCCAGGCAGCGCUGGGGCGCAGUUGGGCUGACGUGGGCUAAGCUGCGGGGCUUCGUUGAGCUGCGGCCCGUAUAGCAAACUAAAACCCUCGAAAAACAACAGCUACACAAGUCAACACUGGAUCCUCGCCGUCCACCUCCACCUCCAGCAUGCUCGCUUCCAUAUGCCGGCGGCGGCUCGCCAUCCCCCUUGCCCCAGUCCUCGCCGGAGGCGGCGGCGGCAAGAACCCCAUCCAUUCUAGCCCCGUCGCCGUCCUCCUCUCCCACGGCUACUACUCAACCGCCGUCGCGGCGGGCCCCGAGCCCUGCCCCGCCACGGUCUCCUACCUGGUCUCCUGCGGCCUCUCCCCCGCCGCCGCCGCCGCCCGCAACGUCCGCAUCCGGGACACGAACCGCGCCGACGCCGUCCGGGCCGUCCUCCGUGAAUACGGCUUCUCCGAGGCGGAAAUCACCCGCACGGUGCGCCAGGAUCCGGUGCUCCUCAACUUCGAUGCCGACCGCAUCAUCCGGCCCAAGCUCGACUUCUUCCUCUCGCUCGGCUUCCAGCCCCGCUUCCUCGCCGCCGAGCCCCACAUCCUGGCGCGCAGCCUGGACAACCACCUCGCCCCCUGCAUCGAGUUCCUCCGAAGCAUCCUCGGCUCUGACGAGUGUGUCCGCACGGCAGUCUACCGCGUGCCCCGCGCGCUCUUGGCCGACCUCGACAACAGCAUGCGCCCCGCCGUGGAGGCGUUCCGCCGCCACGGCCUCCCCGAGGAGUCCAUUGCCAAGCUCCUCCUCAUCCACUUGGGCGUGCUCAUGGUACCCGUCGACCGCAUCGCUGAGGCAUUUGAUGACCUUCAGGACCUCGGCCUGCGCGUCACGGACACGGGCUUCCUCUACGGCUUCCGCGUGAUUUCUAUCCUCAAGAGGGAGACGUGGGUCCGCAAGGUGGCGCUGUACCGGAGCUUCGGGGUGUGCGAGGCUGACCUGCUCAGGGCGUUCAAGACGCAGCCCACCAUACUGCUCGUCUCUGACGAGAGCGUAAAGAAGAAGAUCAGGUUUUACCUGGACGUGCUGAAGGUUGGGAUAGGUGAUGUUAUGGCGCAGCCAAUGAUUCUGUCGUUGAGCUUGGAGAAGAACAUCAUGCCAAGGUGUGCCGUCCUGAGCGUUUUGAUGAGGGAGGGCAAAAUUGAGCGGAAACUGAAUUUGAUGCCGGCAUUGCUCAGCAAUUUGAAGGUCUUCUCGGCGAGGUUUGUGUGGAGGUAUGCUAAGGAUGUGCCUGAUGUUGUUAAGGCAUUUGAGGGUAAGAUUAAAUUUCAAGGAUUUGGGGAUCGGGAGUUUGAACUUUUGUCACACUGAAUGACUAAAGCCAGAAGCUCAGCUCUCUAGAAUGAAAUCAUGCUUAUGUGUUAGGCAAUUAGGCUAUACAAUGCCAUUGUUAAGAUCAUGGCAUGUUGUAAUUCUAACCUUGUUCCAUUCAUACUGAGGCAAAUGUCCAUUUUUGGGGCCAUGUUGACUGUUAUGAUUUUGCAAUUUAUCAUCAAGGAGCAUGGACAUUGUGAUGUUCUCAGUUGUAAUUGAUGUAGCAUAUGUGACCUGCCAAUUCCCACGCCAUUCUGUGAAUCAUAUGCUUAUGACUGGAAUGGACUUAUUGUUGAUCUUGAAACUGUGAUUUUAUUU